AUGAGCGACAUCAGCUCGAGCAUGAACCCAAAGUUCUACAACAAGUACCUCUGGUUCUGGAUCGUGUCUGAAGCCAUAUCGCGCACCAACCUCUUCUUUCUGUACGUCGCGUUUAGUAGACACUUCCGCAACGCCGUCAAGCUCAUCCUGAAAUCCACGUUCCCCGUCGCGUGGCGUCCCACCAUGCGAUGCCCUUUCCAAAUGCAAUCCUGCCGCAUUCCCUCCCAGCUUCAUGGACCCGCAAUGAGACAACUUACACCUGCAAGAAUCCUGAAACUUUCUAAUCGAAAAGAGAACGGCAGAUUCGGCGGCGAUGCAACACUGACUAAGCAUAUGUGGAUUUCCUUUGAAACAAGAAAUUCUUGA